AUGGCUCAGGUCGUCGAGCUUCCCGGAGAAUCCAGUCCAUUAACGCUGCAGAAUGUUCUCAGUGCCUUGGUCUUGGCUGCUAGCUCGACGCAGCAACAGGUGCAGACUGGAACGAAGCAGCUCCAGAACUGGGAAACACAGGAAAAGUACUAUUCAUUUCUUCAGGAUGUCUUUCUUGAUUAUUCUGUGCCGGCCGAAGUUCGAUACCUAUCCAUCAUUCAAUUGAAGAAUGGCAUUGAUAAAUAUUGGCGAAAAUCAGCGAUAAAUGGCAUAAAGAAGGAAGAGAAGGAUCGUAUAAAAAUUAGGGCUCUUCAAGCGGGUCUUGUUGAGCCCGCCCCUCUUCUAGCCCUACAGAAUGCGUUGAUGAUAGCUAAAAUCAUGCGUUCCGAAUUCCCACAUGACUGGCCUGAUGGAAUUUCCUCGCUUAUUGCGUCCCUACGUGCUUCCAUCCAGGCUGGCGCAAACCCUUUGCAAUUGCCGCGGACCCUUGUAAUUAUUCUGCAGAUAAUAAAGGAGCUGUCGACGGCUAAAGUUAUUAGGGUGCGGACUAAUUUUCAAUCUGUUUCCCCGGAAAUAUUUCACCUUCUGGGAAGUAUAUAUGUGGAUAAAGUGAACACGUGGGCUACGUCUUUGGAACAAGGUGGUAUAGAUGAGAGAUCGUUGAUAGACGCGGUAGAGCAAAGCCUUGUCUGUCUCAAGGUUAUCAGGCGUCUUAUAAUUGCCGGAUUCGAGCAUCCUAGUCGGGAUAAUGAAGUUCGAGACUUCUGGGUACUAACUCACACUCAUUUCAGUAGAUUCCUUGGGCUCGUCAAUGGUUCUAUCAGUAUACCCGAGACUGUCCACAAAGCAAUUGAAAAGCAUCUUUUGCAGCUUUCGAAGCUCCAUGUCGAGAUGGCAAAAGAUAAACCCGCGUCUUUUGCCUUGCUUCCGGACAGUAUUCCACUCGUGCAAUCCUAUUGGACCCUAGUUAUUAAACUGGGAGAGAAUUAUGCCCAAUUAGGAGCAAGUAGUGAAUCAGAGGGGAAGUCCCUGAUGGAAAAGACGGGCCUCAGAGCUCUACUACUCCUUAGGGCUUGCUCAAAAAUGGCCUUCAACCCGGCGCAGUCCUUUAGGUAUCAAACCCCUCAGGAUAGGGAGGAGAAAAAGGCGUCUAUCGAGCUCAUCAAAUCUCAAUUGUUUACGCAUGACUUUGUGGUCAACGUCAUGGAACUACUUGUCACGCAGUUUUUCCGGCUUAGGAAAAGCGAGUUUCAGGAAUGGGAGGAAGACCCGGAGGAAUGGGAAAGAAAAGAGGAAGAUAUCUCGGAUGCCUGGGAGUUUUCUAUCCGGUCAUGCUCGGAAAAGGUCUUCCUUGAGCUAGUUAUACACUUCAAAGAUUUACUCAUCCCCCGACUACUGAGCGUGUUUUAUUCAUUUGCGAGUCUCGAAAAGCGUGACAUCUUGUUGAAGGAUUCCUUGUACUCAGCCAUUGGGUUGGCCGCGGCAAGUUUAGAACAACAUCUAGACUUCAAUAACUUCCUGGAGACAACGCUCGUCCCAGAAGUACAAAUACAGGAACAGGGAUACAACCUCCUCAGGAGAAGAAUUGCGAUCUUACUAGGCCAAUGGAUCCCUGUAAAGUCGAGCGAGCUGAACAAAGAAGCAACCUAUCAGAUCUUUCAGCAUCUGCUCAACAGGCAAGAUGCGCUAAACGACCUGGUGGUCCGCAUCACCGCUGGCAGGCAGCUGAAAAGCGUGUUUGAUCCGUUUGAAUUUUCCGCGUCCGGGUUCAUGCCAUACGCGCCAUCCAUCCUCCAAAACCUAAUGGCUCUAGUUCAAGAGGUAGAGCUAUCUGAGACUAAGAUGGGGCUGUUGGAUAGCGUCCGUACGGCUGUAGUGAAAAUGGAAGACCAUAUUGGCCCCUUCUCGGACCAGAUUAUUGCUUUGCUACCUCCGUUGUGGGAGGAGUCCGGCGAAGAACAUUUGAUGAAGCAGGCCAUUCUCACCAUACUUUCUUCAUUAAUACAUUCCCUCAAACAAGAGUCCACAAGAUACCACUCGCUCAUAUUGCCUUUGAUUCGAAACUCAGUUGAGCCAGGCUCUGAAACCCUGAUAUAUCUUCUAGAAGAGGCAUUAGAACUAUGGUCUGCUAUCCUGACGCAGACUCCUUCUCCAGCUUCCCCCGAAAUUCAUGCACUUAUUCCUGCUCUUUUCCCUAUACUCGAGGCAGCAAUGGACAGUGCCCCCCAGGCACUUCAGAUUGCCGAAUCUUAUAUCUACCUUGCGCCGCAGGAGAUACUGAGCGAUCGUAUUCGACUUCCUCUCCUCGCCUCCUUCGAGGCCCUCUUGAAAUCCACCACUAAGCAACGUCUGGGUAUUGUACCACGACUAGUGGAACUGAUGAUCCGCGGCGCCGAAGCUGUGGAUGGGGGCAGCGAGAACACCUACAACGUCAUUAGCCGGACGCUUAUUGACAGUUCCUUCCUGCCUGCGCUUUUGGAGGGUCUUUACUCAGCCCAUGAAGCCAGCCAAACGACCGGGCCUAACCGGAAGCAAACAUCGGUCUACGGUGUGGUUGAGACGGACUACCUCUCUGUGUUGGCCCGCCUAGCCCUCGCACAUCCUAAGAUCUUCACCUCAUCCGUUUCUGCCGCGACGGGGACAUCCGAAGAACAAGUUCUCACCUGGAUCCUCACGGAAUGGUUCCUCCACUACGACAACAUCGGCAGCGCGACGCAGAAGAAACUCCACGCUUUGGCACUGACUCAGCUACUCACCCUCAACGGACCCGAUUCCCAGCCUCCCGCGUACAUCCUCAACCACCUCCAAUCCUACCUCAACAUCUGGACCGACAUCAUCACUGAGCUCGCCGAGGGAACUGAAAACAACGGCGAUUACCUGAUCUACUGGAACAGCGCCGAGACCGGCAGGGCAGACGAGAACGAACCACCAGAGAACACCCGACGGCGCGAGUGGCAGAACUCGGAUAUCCUGCACAAAAUCAACAUCCGAGACUUUGUCCGAGAACGACUCCGUUCAUUGAUCGCUGGUUGUGGUGGAGAACAGCGGUUCCAGGAAGAAUGGUUGAUCAAUGUUGAUCGUGAGGUUGUUUCGGCCUUUGGGGCUUUGGGACUCUUUUGA